UACAGAUAAAAAAUGGAGCCACUAGUUGUGAAUGUUGUUUAUUUCUACCCGAAAGAGAACGCAGAAUCACAUAAUACAAGCAGAUAUGAAGUGGUGAAUGAUGAAAAUCCUACAACAGUAGUCCGCCGCGGACAACCCUUCAACGGCGUGGUGCGGUUCGACAGGUCCUACGAUGAGGAAACAGAUAUAAUACAACUCGUGUUCACGCUAGAGAACAAACCACAAAUGGAUACUCAGGGAUCCAUGUUCCUAAGCUCAGACGCGAUAUCAGACAACAACUCCUGGAGUGCGAAACUAACUCAAGUGCAAGGAGAGGAUCUGUCUUUUGAGGUAUUUACUCCGGUAUACGUCCCCAUAGGUUCAUGGACGCUCCGAGUGGUCACCAGGUUGAGAGACUCUAUAGAGCGCCAAAUAUACGUCUUCGAUCAGGAUAUCUACAUUCUGUUCAAUCCUUGGAACCCUGAUGACCAAACAUACAUGGAAGAUUGUAAUUUACUGCAGGAAUACGUCUUGAACGACGUUGGAAAGGUUUGGGUGGGAUCCACGAAGUCAGCAAGCGGAAAGCCCUGGGUCUAUGGACAGUUCGAUGCAUCAGUUCUGCCGGCUUGCAUGUUUAUAUUGGACAGAGCUCAAGUACCAUUCUAUCAGCGUGGAGACCCAAUUAAACUGACUCGUGCCAUCUCCCGUAUUGUGAACUCCAAUGAUGAUGCUGGGGUGCUAGUCGGUCGAUGGAGUGGGCAGUACGAAGAUGGUACAUCGCCGUCCGAGUGGACCGGAUCUGUGGAUAUACUUCAACAAUAUUUUGAGACGCAGCAAGGAGUAAGAUACGGCCAAUGUUGGGUAUUCUCCAGCGUUGUCACAACAGUAUGUCGUGCUCUGGGCAUCCCAUGUCGCUCGGUAACCAACUUCGUAUCAGCGCACGACGCCAACAAUUCCUUGAGUGUUGACAAAUAUUACACUGAGCAUAUGGAGGAGUUGGACUUCGAUCCUAACAAUCCUAGAGGCGCUGACUCCAUCUGGAACUAUCACGUGUGGAAUGAUGUCUGGAUGGCGAGACCUGAUCUCCCAGAAGGAUAUGGUGGUUGGCAAGCCAUUGAUGCAACACCACAAGAGACUUCAUCAGGAUUCUACCAGUGCGGUCCGGCUCCUUUAGAAGCUAUAAAGCAAGGAGUCCUGGGUGUGUCACACGACGUGGAGUUUAUGUUGUCGUGUGUUAAUGCUGAUCUGUUGCGCUGGAGAGUUGACCCUUAUGCUGAAUCUGGGUAUUCAGUAGUUGACACUAAUGAUUAUCACGUUGGCCGCAUGAUCCUGACCAAGAAGCCAUUCGUGUUUGAUCCCAUCGGUGAUGAAGACCGCGAAGACAUUACCGACCAGUACAAGUACAGAGAGGGCACCGUCUCCGAACGUAUCGCCCUCAUGAACGGAAUACGGUUCUCGGAAAGAGCUAAGAGGUAUUACUCGUUGGCUAGCAACCUCGCAAGUGACGUCACAUUCAAGCUACGCGAGCUGGACAGCGUACCAAUUGGCCAGGACUUCAGUGUCGUUGUUGACAUACAAAACAAUUCUGAUGAGGAACGCAACAUAAAGGUAUCUCUAUCCGCCUUCAGUGUGUUCUACAAUGGUGUCAGAGCUGAUGUCGUUAAGAAAGUUGAAGGGAGGAUCUUCAUAGCACCAAAUACGAGUGAAGAAAUAAGCAUACAAGUAACAGCGAGUGAGUAUUUACCGAAGUUAGUGGAGUACUGCAACAUGAAGAUAUCGGCGAUGGUGAUAGUUGAAGAGACCAAGCAGUCCUGGGCAGAUAAUGAUGACUUCCACAUAAUCAGACCCAACAUUAAUAUUCAGUUCAAUGAAGACUUGAUGUUCUGGCAACCAGCCACUGCGGUGCUGUCAUUCGACAAUCCAUUGGAGUUCACUCUGACCGGUUGUGAGUGCAGGCUGGCAUCUUCAGGUAUAUCAGGCCGCACUCUUCGCCUUCCUGUUGGAGAUGUCGACCCUCAGGGUCAGUUCGCUGUUGAAAUACCCAUCCAGCCUAGCAGACUGGGUAAUGUUAACUUCGUGGCGACAUUCACAUCGGCUGAACUAAAGGAUGUACAUGGCGCCGCUAGCGUGGAGGUGUAUGAUGGAUAAAACGCUUUACU